AACGCGGCCUCACCCCAUCUGGCUAGCUUGCCGGGUCCUGCAAUAGCGUUAGCGUGCAUAAAAGCCAGGUCUUUUGUACAUACUGUAUUACACACCAUCGAGAGACGAACGUCGAUAAUAGGAGGCUUGCAAAAAUCGGUCCCCCUCGAGUACAGUGAUUUUCAGCACUAAGAAGCCAGGAUGGGCUCUUUUGGGAGGAUUCUAGCUCUGGCACUGGUGACAGCAGUUAUUGCUUAUUCAUCGGCUCACGAGUGUACCCUGACCGGCCGCCAGGGUCAAUACGAAGGAGAAUUUACCCGUGAAAUGCGCGUCAUGCAAAAACAGGUUCUGAGACGCCACAACCAUUAUCGCCGCUCGCAUCGUGUCCCCUUCCUUCGACUGGACGAUACGCUAACCCGCAUCGCACAAGGCUGGGCUCAGCACUUAGCGGAUACGCAUACUUUCAAGCAUUAUCCUGUGAACAAAUACGGGGAGAACCUCUUCGCCGGAACAAGUGGAAUGUGGAACGGUAAAGGCAUUGUAGACGAUUGGUACUCCGAGAUCUGCAAGUACGACUUCGAUGACCCUAAAUACGACCUUGAAACGGCGCAUUUCACCCAGAUCGUAUGGAAAAGCACCCGCCUCAUCGGCGUUGGGUUUGCUAAGGGCAGUGAUGGUAAGGACUACGUAGCCUGCUUCUACACGCCAGGUCAAAUCCCGCAAUGGGCAUAUAAAUAAGGAUUGAGCGUGGGGCUCUUUUCUCCAACAGCUAUGAAAUAUACGUUGCUUAAAUUUAGUGCAUCAUCGCACAUUUGUCCCACAAGUCGACUGGCCAUGCCUGUCAUUGCGAUCAAUGCUCGGGUGUGUGUUCUUCCUCAACGAAAGCAAUAAAGGCAGCACACUGCUGUGCUUUUCUAUGA